GAGAGUCUGAACUUCCACACAACUGUACAUCACAACUGUGGCUGAAGUCAGAGAUAGGACACGGGGCCCCGAAAGCAAAAGUCCUGAUGCCAUCAAGGGAUGCACCCCCCACUUCCCCUUUCACAUCUCCUUCAUGCCUAUUAAGUGGCCAAAGGAGAAAUGUGAGAGAGUGACUAAUCCAGUGUGGCUGAAGCAGGCAGUUCUAGAGAAUGAAAGCAGAGAAAUGUUGAGCCAGCCCCUCCCGUAGACCACAGAGGGAAGAGCAGAAAAGCAGAAGGCCAGGGUCCCAGACAGGAUCCUGGUGACCCCAUAUGCAUGGAUCGGGACCCAUCCUCCCCUCGCACCCCACCCAGGCACACCACCUCACCUCCUAUUUUCUCCAAGCCCUGCCCAUCCUCAGCAACGCCUGCCUUUCCAUAAAGCUGCAGUUCAUGGCUUUUUCAAUAGGUGGCAGCACAUAAAGAGCAAAUCACACAUAAUGCUGCAUCUUCCAGAUUGGGAGCCAGAAAUUCCCUCCAUAUAAAGAAAAACACCAGCGACCACAUUCCAUCCUCUUACAUAGAUCGUUUACCCUCACAUCACACGCCACCACCAGAGACGCGCACACACACAAACUUUCAUGGCUUUUGCCAGGCACCUCUGGGCCUUGAUCCUUCUUCGGUGACCCUGUCUAGGCCCCUCCCCUCCUCCCUCCCCUUGGACUUUGCCCUUCUUACUGGCCAGGCAGGGGGGCCAGAGUCCAGGCUUGACUCAUCCCCCACCUCACUGGGGCUGAGAUCUCAGCUCUGUAACAGAAAACACCACCACUUCAGCUCCAACACAACAGAGACCCACCCAGCCCAGAACUCCUGGGAGAGCAACUCUCCUGCUCCUUCCCUCCACCAUGGACUACCUCUCUGCCCUGAACCCCAGCAGCCUGCUCAGGUCGGUAUCCAAUAUGAGCUCAGAUUUUGGCCGUAAGGUCUGGACCUCAGCUCCACCACCCCAGCGACCUUUCCGCGUCUGUGAUCACAAGAGGAGCACCCGGAAAGGCCUGACAGCCGCCACCCGCCAGGAACUGCUAGACAAGGCCUUGGAGGCUCUGCUGCUGAGUGGAGUGCUGACGCUGGUGCUAGAGGAGGAUGGGACAGCCGUGGAGAGCGAGGACUUCUUCCAGCUGCUGGAGGAUGACACAUGCCUGAUGGUGCUGGAGUUGGGACAGAGCUGGAGCCCCAGCAGGAGUGGGAUGCAGUUGUAUGGCCUGGGCCGGGAGAAGCCCAGGCACAGCAAGGACAUCGCGCGCAUCACCUUCGACGUAUACAAGCAAAACCCUCGAGACCUCUUUGGCAGCCUCAACAUCAAAGCCACAUUCUAUGGGCUCUACUCCAUGAGUUGUGACAUCCAAGGACUCGGCCCAAAGAAAAUACUCAGGGAGCUUCUCCGAUGGGCCUCUGCACUGCUGCAAGGCCUGGGCCACGUGCUGCUGGGACUCUCCUCCACCCUUCGCCAUGCAGUGGAAGGGGCUGAGCAGUGGCAGCGGCAAGGUCGCCUCCAUCCCUACUGAGAAGGAGCUCUGAGCUUCUGCCCUAGACUCAUUCCAAGAAACAGCAUCAGGUUUGGGGGCCUGCAGACAGUGCAGACCCGAUAACUCACCUGAUUUCCCCACUGUCCUCUGACCCCAUUGUGAAAGGCCCCAUCCGCAUAAUGCCCUACACCGCUGGCCUAUGCCCAUUCCUGAAGAACGCUCUCUUCCUAGCCAUCUUUCCAGCCUCCCACUUACCCUUAAGGCCACAGCCUGUCCCCAGGCAUCUGGAUCCCACCCUGAUUGCUGCUACAUGUAGAGAUCCUUACAACUCCUCCUGUCCCUAAGUUCUCCAUGCCCUGAAAACAGCCCUCUCUAACUUUAUCUCAACAUCUCUAUUUCUUUGUACACCUCCCCGCAAAUAAAACAAAAGUGUUUCCAAUAAAAAUACAAAAAUGUUUUAUCAGUAA